UGUUUUGAUGCAUAGUUGCCCUUAGAAAAGAGAGAGGAGAACCCAAGCUCAGGCAUUUGAAUCAUUACCAUCGUCCCAUGGUCUCUUCUCGGCUCUCGUCUCGACCCUGUCUGCAUGAUUCAUGUUAUGAACAUUGCAUUCUCAUCUCUCCUCCCUCUCUCUCUCUCUGUUGCAUGUUUUGUAGUAACAAACUUCUCACUACCCACUCUCUCUAUCCAUCUUCAUCCCUGCCUUUGUUUUUGACUUGUCUGAUCUCAUGUCCUCAUCAGUCAUGAAAGAUUUCAUCUUGCUUUGAUUAGUUCAUCUUGACUCUCUUUGUUCUUCCUCGGCCAUGGGGCCCGUUAGAGGUUUCAAGAAGAGGAGGAGGGCCGAGAAGAAGGUUGAAGCUACGGCGCCGACGGCUGUAGGCGAGUAUUCACGCGAUUGGUGGGACGACUUCUCGAGAAGAAUUACAGGAUCACUGUCUUUAUCCAAAGAGGUAGGCAGGUUCGAGUCCAUCUUCAAAAUCUCAAGAAAGACCUUCAACUACAUCUGUUCUUUAGUCAGGGACGAUCUAACGGCAAAGACAUCGAAUGCAGUCUUUGCAAAUGGUCAGGUCAUGUCCAUUGAAGAUCAAGUGGCUAUCGCUCUGCGAAGACUGAGCUCCGGCGAUUCCCUUCUGAGCAUCGGCCUCUCCUUUGGUCUCAACCAUUCAACUGUCGCCCAGGUGACCUGGCGAUUCAUCGAGACCAUGGAAGAGAGGGGUAUUCAACAUCUCCAAUGGCCAAAUUCUGAACAAGAAAUCAAGUCAAUCAAAUACAAGUUUGAGAGAGUCCGGGGUCUGCCAAACUGCUGCGGAGCCAUCGACACCACCCACAUCAUGAUGUGCCUGCCUUCCGCAGAUUCUUCCAACAAGGUAUGGCUUGAUCCUGAGAAGAACCAUAGCAUGCUACUCCAAGCUGUUGUCGACCCCGAAAUGAGAUUCAGGGACAUUGUUACUGGAUGGCCGGGAAGCAUGAAUGAAUUUGCCAUCCUUCAUGACUCCGGCUUCUUCAAGCUCUGCGAAAAGGGGUUGAGAUUGAACGGAAAAACGGAGCUCAAAGAGGGAUCUGAAAUCCGGGAAUAUAUAAUUGGAGACUCAGCUUUCCCGCUCCUUCAUUGGCUUCUCACACCUUAUCAAGGAAAAGAAUUAUGUGCUUCAAUGGUGGAGUUCAAUAAGAGGCACUCUGCCACUCGAAUUGUGGCGCAGAGGGCAUUGGCGAGGUUUAAAGAUAUGUGGAGGAUAAUUCAGGGGGAGAUGUGGAGACCAGAUAAGCAUAAAUUGCCAAGGAUAAUUCUUGUUUGCUGUAUUCUGCAUAAUAUUGUUAUUGAUUUGGAAGAUGAAGUGAGGGAUGAGAUGGUGCUGUCUCACCACCAUGAUUCUAAUUAUAAGCAGCAGGUGUGCAGCUUUGCUGAUAAGGAUGGAGUUUCUGCAAGGGAUAGGUUGUCUCGUUAUUUGUCUGGAAGGUUUCCUCCAUGAACUGAGCCUUAAUGUUGAUUGUUCUUCUUCUUCAUUUUUUUUUCUACCAUACAAUUUACGAACUAUGGUUAUCUUCUGAACUAAUCUUUUUUUUCUCUUUAUGCUAAAGAGGUACUUCUUGCUGGCAAACACCAGCUGAUUUUUUUUUUUUUAAAUCUUCAAUUGUAUUUGAAGAUCUUUUUAAAAAGCAUUAAUCUUUGAUCAAAUCUGACAUCUGAGUUUCUCCUUCUCUGAUGGGUAAUUUCAGCUCCGUUUCGCUUCAUGAUUUACAUCACACAAUAUGAAAUGAUGAACUAUGCUCUACCUGAAGAUUUAUGUGUCCUGUUGGACAUAUAAGUGGAAAUUAU